AUGCCUUCUCCAACCUCCUAUCGUUCCGCGGACCCGCCAGGCUCUCCAGGGAAUGAUUCCGAUUCAGACCUCGAUCUCGACAUCCAGGAGCUCGACCCUGCCACAACCACAACCGAUCGCACUUCUGGUCUCCUCCGACACGACCGCCAGACCACCGAACAUCGAUCGCCACGUAUAGCACUGCGGAAUCUACGCAUGGGGGGCUCACGCCGAGCCGGACAAAAGGCCAGGGGAUAUGGCCAACUCGGCCAGGACCGUGAUGGCACCAGCGAGGAUGCUGAAGCACUUCUCGGCGAACCCGGAAGCUCCUCAUCACGAUACAGGGAUGGCUCCGCUGGUGCAGGCUCCGACGAUGACUCCCCUCUCCUACCCGGCGGCUCGCCUCCGAGGCGUCGAUCCUUCGCCGGAGACAGAUUCGAGCGACUCACUUCAAGCAUAAGACUACCGAGCUUCAUGUCAAACUCAGGGGCGCAAGAACCGGACAAGGACGAUGCCCAGGACCAAGAUGAAGACGAUCCAUCGAGCGCCCGCCUCAUUGCCGUAGGGUCCUCCCAAGCGACGAGAUUUCCGCCGAACCUUAUAUCGAACGCCAAGUACACAGCUCUUACGUUUCUGCCCGUCACUCUGUAUAACGAGUUCUCCUUCUUCUUCAACAUGUACUUCUUGCUUGUGGCUUUGUCGCAAGCAAUCCCUCAACUGCGGAUUGGUUACCUUACGACUUACGUGGCGCCUUUGGCAUUUGUACUCUUCAUUACCAUGGGAAAGGAGGCAUACGACGAUAUCGAAAGACGAAGACGAGACAACGAGGCCAAUGCAGAGGCAUACACCGUCUUAUCUUUCGAUGAGCCGGGUCGUGGCAUGGCUUCUGCACAACGGACACACAAGAGGCUCAAGUCGGAUUCCAUGAGGAAGAAGGGCAAGAACUCGGCGGGCCUGAGAGACAGACUUUCGGAUAUUCAAGAGGAAGAGGAACGUGCUGAGGGAGAGGGAUCGAUCGCCCAGCCAUCCUCGUCUGUCCGUGAGCUCAGCCGUAAGUCGCGCGACCUUAAAGUCGGCGAUGUCCUUGUUCUAGGCAAGGGUCAACGAGUUCCUGCCGACGUUGUGAUUCUGAAGUGCAUCACGUCGGAGACAACUACAGAGGCGCCAGUGAUGGAGGUGAUCGCGGAAGAAGAGUCGUUGCUAGUCGAUGCAGAGGAGGAUCAGUCGAAAGCGCCUCAGAUUUCCGAUUCCAAGGGGAAAGAACCCGAGAGCAACGAUGCUGGCGGUGGUGCCGCUGGCGAAACAUUCAUCCGAACUGAUCAACUUGAUGGAGAAACGGAUUGGAAGCUGCGUCUGGCAUCCCCCCUGACGCAAAACUUGACAACGGAGGAGUUUGUUCGCCUACGGGUAACAGGGGGCAAGCCGGACAGAAAGGUCAACGAGUUCAUUGGCACAGUCGAGCUGCUACCCAGCAAACGUGAUGCCCAAAGCCAGCAAGGCGCGCUCAACGGAGAUGAGGGCAACUCGGCUCCUUUGUCGAUAGACAACACGGCCUGGGCGAACACAGUCAUCGCCUCGAACGCCACUACCCUUGCUGUCAUCAUGUACACGGGACCUCAGACGAGGUCAGCGCUGUCGACUGCGCCCUCGCGAUCCAAGACCGGGCUUUUGGAGUACGAAAUCAACUCACUUACCAAGAUUUUAUGCGCUUUAACUUUGGCGCUUUCUAUCAUCCUUGUGGCGCUGGAAGGUUUCGAAAACACCAAACAGAAUGUUUGGUAUAUCAAGAUUAUGCGAUUCCUCAUUCUUUUCUCGACUAUCGUGCCCAUUAGUCUGCGCGUCAACCUCGACAUGGGCAAGAGCGCCUACUCUUGGUUCAUUCAACGAGACCCCGGCAUUGCUGGAGCUGUUGUACGGACGAGUACAAUUCCGGAAGAUCUAGGAAGAAUUGAGUAUCUUCUCAGUGACAAAACUGGCACACUGACCCAAAACGAGAUGGAGAUGAAGAAGAUACAUGUCGGCACCGUUUCCUAUGCUAACGAGGCCAUGGAUGAAGUCACAUCAUACGUCAAGCAAGGAUUCCACAUUCAACCUACCACCGACCCUUCGUCGCGCACCAUGUUAAUCACGCCUUCUUCGACAUUUGCCAACGCGUCAAACGUGGGUGCAACUCGCACAAGGAGAGAAAUUGGCACCCGUGUCCGAGAUGUGGUUCUCGCUCUGGCUCUAUGCCACAACGUGACGCCAACAACAGAGGAGGAAGACGGAAAGACCAUCGUUUCUUACCAGGCUUCCUCCCCUGACGAGAUCGCCAUCGUUCGCUGGACUGAAUCUGUCGGACUUCGCCUCGCCUAUCGAGAUCGCACCAGCAUGAUUCUUGAGUCGACGGAGAACGGCCGUGAGAUUGUGCGCGUGCGUAUUCUUGACGUCUUCCCUUUCACCUCCGAGGGUAAGCGCAUGGGCAUCAUUGUUCAGUUCUUCGAUCAGACUCAGUCGACGGUGCCGAACCUCGCCAACAGCGAAAUCUGGUUCUAUCAAAAGGGUGCUGACACAGUCAUGAGCCCCAUUGUGGCUGAGAACGACUGGCUUGACGAAGAAACCUCUAACAUGGCUCGAGAGGGCCUGCGUACACUUGUGCUUAAGAAGAAGGAUAACGCGCAAGAUCACCUCGAUUUCCUCCGUGGCAAGACGGAUUCUUGUCUCUUGAUUGACGGCGAGAGUCUGGCCCUCUUCCUCACCCACUUCAGGAUCGAAUUCGUCUCCGUGGCUGUGCAACUCCCGACGGUUGUUGCAUGUCGGUGCUCGCCCACGCAGAAAGCCGAGGUUGCCAAGCUGAUUAGGGAGUACACCAAGAAGAGGGUGUGCUGUAUUGGUGACGGAGGCAACGAUGUUUCCAUGAUUCAAGCAGCAGACGUCGGUGUUGGUAUUGUUGGCAAAGAAGGUCGACAAGCUAGUUUGGCGGCAGACUUCUCGAUUGAGCAGUUCUACCACCUGACUAAAUUGCUUGUCUGGCACGGGCGCAACAGUUACAAGCGCAGUGCUAAGCUCGCUCAGUUUGUCAUCCAUCGUGGAUUGAUCAUUGCGGUCUGCCAGACAAUGUACAGUAUUGCCAUCAAAUUCGAGCCCGAUGGUCUCUACAAGGAUUGGCUUCUCGUCGGCUACUCUACCGUGUAUACUGCAUUCCCCGUUCUCUCUCUUGUCCUUGAUAAGGAUGUGGACGAAAACUUGGCAAACUUGUACCCGGAACUGUACAAAGAGCUCACUUCCGGCCGUUCCCUGUCUUAUCGUACCUUUUUCGUCUGGGUUGCUGUUUCGAUCUAUCAAGGCUGUACUAUCCAAGGUCUGUCACAGCUCUUGACCGAAGUCGACGGACCCAAGAUGGUGGCGGUCUCGUACACCGUACUAGUUCUCAAUGAGCUACUCAUGGUCGCCAUCGAGAUCACGACGUGGCACCCUGCCAUGAUCAUCUCCAUUGUUGGCACGUUUCUGAUUUAUGUCGGCUCCGUGCCGUUCCUUGGUGGUUACUUUGAUCUCCAGUUCAUCAUCACUUUGGGAUUCAUCUGGCGCGUCCUCGCCAUCGCGGCGAUAUCUCUCAUCCCACCCUAUGCGGUGAAGCUCAUCAGGAGGACGAUGAAGCCGCCCUCGUAUAGAAAAGUGCAGAGCACGUAG